UUUUGGUCUCAACCAUCCUUUGCAUCAUUGCGCAGACUCCUUACCUGCUGGAGGAAGAUGGCCUCAUAUGAAUACUUCAUGGAGAACAAAACUGAAAGCCCUUAUGAUUAUUACACUGGUGAUUAUGAGGAUCAAAAAUGCAACCAGACAAAUGUGAUUGAAUUUGGAGCCACAUUGACUGUGUCUUUUUUCUCUUUCGUGAUAUUAUUCAGUCUUUUUGGCAACAUUCUUGUUCUUGUAAUUCUGUUCAAGUACGAGAAUGUCAAAUCCAUCACCAAUACACUUAUCCUGAACUUGGCUGUGUCAGAUCUCUUCUUCACUUUAGGGCUGCCCUUUUGGGCUUACUACUACAUGUAUGGAUGGACAUUAGGAGAGCCUGCAUGCCAAGUCGUCAACUUCAUUUUCUAUGUUGGCUUCUACAGCAGUGGUUUCUUCCUCAUCCUGAUGACAAUUCACCGCUAUAUAGCCGUCAUAAAUCCUCUGUCUAGCAUUGUAUCCACUACAGGCCCUUCUGUGAUUUUAACAAGUUUCAUCGUUUGGGUUGCUAGUAUCUUGGCAGCCAGUCCUGUCUUCAUCUACAUCAAAGUAAAAGAUGAUGACAGCUCAAGUCAAACAUUCAAGAAAUAUUGUGGAUAUGAGGACUCCUUUUCUUCAAAGUUGGGAAUCUAUAAACAAAUUGUUCUCUUUGUCCUAACAGCAUUUGUGUUCGUGUUUUGCUAUUCUCAGAUCAUGUACAGGUUGCUGCGUCCGACUGCCCAAAGAAGAAGAAACAAAACUGUCAAACUCAUUUUCGUUCUUAUGGUUGUCUUCUUCUUGGGGUGGGGACCUUAUAAUGUCGUAAUUUUUCUAAGGUCGUUGGCUUAUGGGAACCCACCAACUGCAUCUGAUGAUUUUGAAAUAAAAGUAGCUUGUGAAAAACACAUAAACAUGGAAUAUGCCUUCUACAUCACCCGACUCCUUGCCUUUUCGCAUUGCUGCCUCAACCCUGUGUUUUACGUGUUUGCAGGAGUUAAAUUCAAAACCCAUUUAAAAAAACUCCUGCAGAACUUCAGUCACAGGAACAACAGCUUCUCCCACAGAGUGAGCAGGAUCACAAUCACGUCUUUAACCAGCAACGAAUUAUCCACAUAGCUAUAGAAAUAUACUAAUUUAUGGACUAAUAUUUGAAAGCAUGAAACCUCCAUUUAAAUUCAAAUCAAAUUUAAGUAAUCUUUUUUUAUAUUUUGCAGUUCCUACAUAGAGGGAAAAUACAAUAUUUGCUUUGAAUUUCAGACACAGUGGAAACUGUUUGUGCCUCUAAGAUCUAACAACUGGACUUUUUUAUUACUGAAGACUCCUCAAUAUGUAAAUGAUCCUAGCUAUCAGAAGCUAAACUUAAAUGCUUUUAAUGAGUCUUUGACUAAUCAGUCCAUACUAAAUAUUUGUAAAUGCACUGCUAAUUUGACAGGAAAACAACUUAUUUGUCUACUUGUACUGUACCAUGUAAUAGAAAAGGCUUGGAAGGAAACAUAUGUGGCAAAAAUAAAAUGGGUUUUUGACUUUUUUUUUUUUUUCCAUCAAUCUUUGUUUGGUGAUUAUUUGUUAGUAUUAAAUCAAGCUAUUAACUACUUGAUGAUGUUCUUAGAUGGAUGAAAAGUUGUUGUAAUGUAAAUAAGCAAUGAUAGCUUCAUGUACCUGUAAACCUCUUUGUUUGAGUUUUUUGAUAGUACACUUGUACCAUACAUUUAGACCAUUUUGUUCAUUCUGUGAUGUAAACUGAUGUCGCCUUAACUGUACAAACUUUUGUAUAAACUAUGACAGAAACAAGGAAGUUGAACAAGAAUGAAGCUGAAUCAGAAGAUCCUGUCCACUUGCUACGAAAUUCCCAUAUGCACAUGUAUACUUUCUAAUUAUUGUAUUACUGAUCUCUUGUUGAAGUUCAAAUUAAAUACAACUGUUGGUAA